AUGAUCGCAGGUGUUUCCAUGACUUUGGUUGGCCUGAUUGGUAUUCCUGCCAAUUAUUUAGUGAUUUCCAUCUUUGUCGAAUAUCCAUCGGAAAGAACUUCCUUCACAACAUUGGGUGUAACUAGAGCCACUGCCAAUCUCCUCAUUCUAAUCGGUCUCUACGCAAUGAUUUUUAUCCCAACUAGUUUUGUGGGUUACACUCCUUUUCUGCCAGUUCCAGUGACCACUUUAUCGAUAACAGUCGGAAUGGCAAUAUACGCUAUAAAUGAGAAUCAGACUCUUCUAACCGCACUCAACAGUGAGAGAGUUUCCAUUUUGAAAGGAUGUUUCACGAAGAGAUUGUCUCAGUCGGAGCUUCAAUCACUUCCACAUAAACAGCCACUAGACUUGAAACACAUGGAACCAUUCGCGUCACAAAUGCUUGUACCCAAUAUUGGUUGCUCAAACUACAAUGUCAUUCAUCCGUGA